UGUGUAGGGACUGCUUCCGCUUCCGCUGCCCUUGCUGCCGGCGGGAGGUGACGGGACCGGGAGGUGACGGGACCAGGAGCCGCGAUGUGGCGGAACCUGCUGGGUCUUCGCCAGAUUUCCCAGAGGACCAUAAGUACUGCUUCGCGCAGGCAGCUUAUAAAUAGAGUUCCUGAGAAGCAGAAGCUUUUUCAGGAGGAUAAUGGCCUCCCAGUGCAUCUCAAAGGUGGUGUAAUGGAUAAUGUGUUGUAUAAAAUCACCAUGGGUCUCACAGUUGUUGGAACAGUCUAUGUUUUUUAUGUUCUGACUGUCGCUUCAAUGCCCAAGAAGCAGAAAUGAUUCCAGUUCAAGAUGCCUCAGUGGCUAGCAUCUCUUCGUCCAAUUCCAUGUGACUAUGAUGGGAGCUUAUAAGCAGCUGGCUUAAAGCUUGGGAUCAUAAUUUAACUGUAACAUGUUAACUGCAAUCAAUAAAGCAGUUUUACAUGGUGGUGUGGUGGUUUGGACUGUA